GAUAUUUUAUGCAAAAAGAAACGCCGCAAGAAAAAUUGUCAUUCAACAAUUGGAUUGGAUUGGAAAAUUAGUGCAUGUGCAUCAAUUAAUAUUUUCAAUAUAUAUCAAGCCAUACCAGACGACUCGCACCCCCACGGUGCACGCAACAAGCAGCAGUCAACAGCAGCAGCCGCCGAAUCCGUACUCGAAAGUGUUGUCGCGUGUGCCGGUGGCAAAAGGUACAAGAAGACACAGCUUUUGGUUUAGCGUUGUGGCAAUAUGAGUCGUCGACGUGCACACGAUACGGAGGACGAGGGCUAUGACCAUAGGAGAAACAAAAGGAGGCGGGUGUCGGAGAACCAGGAGAUCGAGGACCGCCUUGAGUCGCUGAUAUUGCGCGUGGGCGAGCGCAGCACAUCCUCCGUGGAAUCGAAUCUUGAGGGUCUGGUGUCCGUGCUGGAGGCCGAUUUGGGCACAUUCCGUUUAAAGAUCUUGCGCAUCCUAUCCGACUGUGCCGUCCGUAUGCCCGAAAAGUGUACCGUCUACACGACGCUGGUGGGUCUGCUGAAUGCGAAGAAUUACAAGUUCGGUGGCGAGUUCGUCGACCACAUGGUCAAGACGUUCAAGGAGUCGCUCAAAAUGUCCCGCUGGGAUGCGGCCAGGUAUUCGCUGCGAUUCCUCGCGGAUCUGGUCAAUUGUCAUGUGAUAUCGGCCACCAGCCUGCUGCAGCUGCUUGACACCAUGAUCGAUGUGUCCAACGAGGACACAGUGCCGCAGGUGCGUCGCGACUGGUUCGUUUUCGCCGUCCUCUCCACCCUGCCCUGGGUGGGGCGGGACCUCUACGAGAAGAAGGAGUCGGCCCUCGAGUCGCUGCUGCUGCGCAUCGAGGUUUAUCUCAAUAAGCGCUCGAAGAAGCACCAUUACGCCUUGCGGGUCUGGUCAUCGGACACCCCGCAUCCCCAGGAGGAAUAUCUCGACUGCCUGUGGGCCCAGAUACGAAAACUACGCCAGGACAAUUGGGCCGAGAAGCACAUACCGCGGCCGUACCUCACCUUCGACACGAUAUUAUGCGAGGCGCUGCAGCACAAUCUGCCGCAGAUCAUACCGCCGCCCCACAACGAUGCCUUUGUCUAUCCGAUGCCCUGGGUCGUCUAUCGCAUGUUCGACUACACCGACUGCCCGGACGGGCCGAAUCUACCCGGCGCCCAUUCGAUCGAACGCUUCCUGAUCGAGGAGCAUCUGCAUCACAUCAUCGAGACGUACCAUCACGAGCGCAAGGACUGUGCCGCCCAGCUGCUCAGCUUCCCCUUCAAGCACAAGAUACCACUCGAGUACUGCAUUGUGGAGGUGAUAUUCGCGGAGCUGUUCCACAUGCCGACACCGCGCUAUCUGGACAUCUGCUAUGGCUCCAUACUGAUUGAAUUGUGUAAACUGCAGCCGGCCACCCUGCCCCAGGUGCUGGCCCAGGCCACCGAGAUCCUCUUCAUGCGCAUCGAUUCGAUGAACACAUCGUGCUUCGAUCGUUUUGUCAAUUGGUUCUCGUACCAUUUGAGCAACUUUAAGUUCACAUGGUCGUGGGACGAAUGGGACAGCUGCCUGCUGCUCGAUGGCGAACAUCCGAGGCCCAAAUUCAUACAGGAGGUGCUCCAGAAGUGCCUGCGGUUGUCGUAUCAUCAGCGCAUCACAGAAAUGAUGCCCACCACAUAUGGAAAGCUCAUACCUCAAUUGCCUGCCCCCAAUUUCAAGUACGCCAGCGAGGAGGCAGCAAGUCUACCUGGUACUGCGGUGGCCCAUCAACUGGUGGUGGCCAUCCGGCAAAAGUGCUCACCCGAGGAGGUGGUAAACAUCUUGAAGGAGAUACCCAAUAGCGGCUAUAGCGGCGAGGAGAUGUCCGAUGGUACCUUUAAUGCUCUGAAAAUAGAUGUUUUUGUGCAGACGCUGCUCAAUCUGGGAUCCAAGUCGUUUUCGCACAGCUUUGCGGCCAUCUCGAAAUUCCAUUCGGUCUUUCGUGCCUUGGCCGAGACGGAGGAGGCACAGAUCUGUGUGCUGCACAAUAUCUAUGAGCUGUGGUCCUCGCACCAGCAGAUGAUGGUGGUGCUGGUCGAUAAGUUGCUGAAGCUGCAGAUUGUCGACUGCUCGGCGGUGGCCACAUGGAUAUUCUCCAAGGAGAUGACCAGCGAAUUCACCAAAAUGUAUCUCUGGGAGAUCCUACAUCUCACCAUCAAGAAGAUGAACAAGCACGUGAUCAAGCUUAACUCUGAGCUAAGCGUGGCCAAGGAUAAGCUGUCCAAGGCGGACUCCUCGUCCAGCGAAUCCGAUGAGGAUGCACCGACAAAGCGCAAGAAGCCCAUCACGCAUGCCGACAAGCCCUCCGAGGAGGCGGUGGAGCGCAUGGAGGAGAAACUGGAGGCAGCGAAUGUGAACCAAAAGCGUUUGUUCCUCAUCGUUUUCCAGCGGUUCAUCAUGAUACUAUCGGAGCAUAUGCUGCGCUCCGAUACAGAUGGACGUGACCCGGAUACGGACUGGUAUCGAUGGACCAUUGGACGUUUGCAGCAGGUCUUUCUAAUGCAUCACGAACAAGUCCAGAAAUAUAGCAGCACUUUGGAGACACUGCUCUUCACCUCCGACCUGGAUACACACAUCUUGGAGGUGUUCCAACAGUUUGUGGCCUUGCGGGCCUAACAAAGGAAGACCAAACAGAGGAGGACAACUACUAUAAGAAAUGUCAGGAGCAUGACAAGAAAAGUGCAUCAACCCAAUGACAGGAUUGACAACCUUAACAACCUAAACACACACAAACACACACACACACACCAACAAGGACCUACACCAAUUAGCUUCAUUUAUCUGCAUUUUUUUUGUUUUGUUUUUUAAAAACUUUUUUUGAUCUAAAUACCUUAUUGUCUUUAUAGAUACUUUAUUCAUGUUUAAUAAUCCUUAUCGUGUACCCCCCCACCCCCCAUACAUCCACCACACAAAAACAUCUAUGAUUAAGACUCGAAAGGUUUUUUUUGUAAUUUGUAAACAGACGAAAAGAAAAUGAGAAUAUCAAGAGAAUCAAGAAUAAAGUCCAAAGUUAAUGUUUCUUGAUGGAAAAUACAGAUCAAGAAGGUUAGAUAAAA